AUGAAGCUCUCCAACGUCGGCACGGCACCCGUGUAUACGGUGUCCGGCCCGUCGCUGCGGUCGCUUCCCGACUGGCUGGCCCAAAAGAAGAAACGGGGCCUGAAGCACGAUCCCGAGUUUGCCAACCGCGUCGAGCUGCUGCAGGACUUUGAGUUUACGGGCGCAAGCAGUUGCAUCCGCGUCUCGGAGGACGGCGAAUGGGUCAUGUCGACGGGCACGUUCCCGCCCCAGAUACAUGUGCACAACCUGUACCAGAUGUCGCUCUCGUUUUCCCGCCACACAGUCUCGCUCAACAACAAGUUUGUCCUGUGCUCGACAGACUAUUCCAAGUCGAUCCACCUCCAAGAAGACCGGCGUAUCGAGUUCCACACGCCCAACGGCUGCCAUUACCACGUGCGCAUCCCCCGCUUCGGCCGCGACAUUGUCUACGACCGGCGGGCCACCGAAGUUUUGGUGCCGGCUGCUGGUUUGGACGGCGAUGGGCAAGGCGAGGUGUUUCGGCUGAAUUUGGAACUCGGACGAUUCCAAAAGUCGUACCAGAUUGAUGUCGGAUCGGACGACGGCGUCGAGCGCGGUCUGCAGGGCAGCAUCGGCGUCGGCUGCGUCAACACAGCGGCGAUUGCCGAGCAGUCGCAUGGUCUGUCGGCGUUUGGCACGUCGUUGGGCUCGGUCGAGUUCUGGGACACGCGCAGCCGGGCGCGCGUGGCGACGCUGCAGACGCACGACGGCGAGAUCACGGCGCUCGACUUUUCGCGGUCGGGCCUGUCGCUGGCCACCGGCUCCAGCACGGGCAUCGUCCAGAUGUACGACCUGCGGCGGCCGACGCCGCUGCUCACCAAGGACCUGGGCUUCGGCGCGCGCGUCAACAACCUGAUCCACAUGACGACGUCGUCGGACGAGAAGAUGCUGCUGGCGUCGGACAGGCGGGCGAUCAAGAUCUUUGACGUGGUGACGGGCGACCCGUGGGCGACGAUUGAGCCCGAGGUCGACAUCAGCGCGGUGGCGCACUGCCCCGACUCGGGCAUGCUUCUGAGCGCCAACGAGGGCCGCCAGCAGCACGCGUGGUUCAUCCCGAUGCUGGGCCCGGCGCCCAAGUGGUGCACGUUCCUCGAGCGGCUGGUGGACGAGAUGGCCGAAGAGGUGUCGUCGACGACGUACGACAACUACAAGUUCCUGACGCUGCCGGAGCUGCGGGCGCUGAGCCUGUCGCACCUGGUGGGCAAGACGAACCUGCUGCGGCCGUACAUGCACGGCUUCUUUGUGGCAAGCAAGCUGUACGACCAGGCGCGCCUGAUUGCCAACCCGCACGUGUACGAGGAGGAGCGGAUGAAGCGGGUCAAGGAGAAGAUUGAAAAGGAGCGGGCGACGCGCAUCCGCGAGACCAAGAAGGUCAAGGUCAACCAGAAGACGGUCGACGCGCUGCUCAAGAAGCAGGAGAAGCGCCAAAAGGUGGAUGCGGCGGCCGGCCUUCUGGGCGACGACCGACUGGGCGCCUUCUUCGAGGACGAGGAGCUGGCCAUCGACGAGACGACGGCCGAGUUCCGCGCGCUCAACCCGAGCACGCGCGUCGACGCACAGGGCAAGCCCGCGUUGGGCAAGCCGGCGUGGCAGCCGAUGCGCAGCGGCCUCGACGAGUCGGACUCGGAUGGGGAGGACGAGAAGGAGGAGGAGGCGGCGGCGGGCGGCGGUCACACUCGUUCUGGUGGUGCCGGUGGCAGCGAUGGGGUGGUUAUGCGCAUGACGUCGUCGGCGCCGCAGUUUGGCUCGCGCGGCACGAUUGGCGCACGGGUGCAGAAGAGUGCGGCCAACAGCAGCAAGAACAGCAGCAUCCUCGGGCAGACGCGCAAAGGCAAGGUGGUGGGCGAGCGGUCUGUGACGUUUGUGCCCGAGUCGGCCAAGAAAAAGCCCGAGCAAGAGGAGGUGCGCGAGGCGCCGAAACGCGACAACCGGACGCGGAGAAGCGCCAGUGGCAACACGUUCCGCAACUUGAAGAAAUAA